UUUCAUGCCCUUGCUAUCGUGCAACGUGUAAGUAGUGAUGGGCUUCUGUCGCGGCUCAUGAGAGAUGCAGCACUUUUAGCCCUUCCCCGCCUCCACCUAGUCUGCACCCUCCUUUCCUUGGUUUCCCCGGUUGCGCAGUCCCCUAUCCUGCGCAACCCCUCUUUUCCAAACCCUACCCACGACGCGAUAGCUAUCACCUCCUCCUCCAGCAACGGCAGCAAUAAGGUCGAUACGACCAACCUCAUCGAGAUCUCGUCUUCUCGCGCCCGAGGAGCCAUGUCGUCCAAAGCCCGUGUUUACGCUGAAGUCAAUGUCGUGCGGCCCAAAGAGUACUGGGAUUACGAGUCUCUCACUGUUCAAUGGGGUGAUCAAGAUGAUUAUGAGGUUGUGCGGAAAGUUGGAAGGGGGAAAUACAGUGAAGUUUUUGAGGGCUUAAAUGUCAACAGCAAUGAGCGGUGCGUAAUCAAGAUACUCAAGCCUGUCAAGAAAAAGAAGAUAAAGAGAGAGAUAAAAAUUCUUCAGAACCUUUGUGGGGGCCCAAAUGUUGUCAAGCUUCUAGAUAUUGUCAGAGAUCAGCACUCAAAAACUCCUAGCUUGAUAUUUGAGUAUGUGAACAGUACAGAUUUCAAAGUUCUUUACCCCACAUUGACUGAUUAUGACAUACGCUACUACAUAUAUGAGCUUCUCAAGGCUUUGGACUACUGCCAUUCUCAAGGAAUAAUGCACAGAGAUGUCAAGCCUCACAAUGUUAUGAUUGACCAUGAGUUGCGGAAACUUCGCUUGAUAGACUGGGGUCUUGCUGAGUUUUAUCAUCCUGGCAAGGAAUAUAAUGUCCGUGUGGCUUCAAGAUACUUUAAGGGUCCGGAACUUCUGGUUGAUUUGCAAGACUAUGACUAUUCCUUGGACAUGUGGAGCCUUGGCUGCAUGUUUGGUGGAAUGAUAUUUCGCAAGGAGCCAUUCUUUUAUGGUCAUGACAACCAUGAUCAACUUGUCAAAAUCGCCAAGGUUCUUGGGACUGAUGAGCUAAAUGCAUAUCUGAAUAAGUACCAUUUGGAGCUUGAUCCUCAACUUGAUGCACUUGUUGGGAGGCACAGCAGGAAGCCCUGGACCAAAUUUAUUAAUGCAGAUAAUCAGCAUCUAGUUUCCCCUGAGGCCAUUGAUUUUCUUGAUAAGCUCCUCCGGUAUGAUCAUCAGGACAGGCUAACUGCAAGAGAAGCCAUGGCACAUCCAUAUUUCUCUCAGGUGAGGGCAGCAGAAAGUAGCAGGAUGCGUACGCAGUAGGCUGUUUGUAUGCGAACAAACCAGAGGCCAUGCUAUAUGGAGUAUGUAUCAUAACGUCUAUAAAGUUUUAUGGCUGCCUCACUGGAAGUAGGCAGUGAAACUUGUGUAUGGGAGGGGUGGGGUUCUUAAAUGAUUUUGUGAAGUCUGUUGUUUCGGUUGAAUUAACAUUUGUGUUCUCAAGCCUCUCCUCGGUAUCGGAAGGUUUACAAUUUCACCAUCGUCUUUCUUUUGAA